AUGUCUUAUCAAGGUCAUUGCAAUUGCGAGACAUUUUCCGUCAACUACUUUGUUAAUGAAGAUGAAUUGACCGUCAAUGACCCCAAUGCGACAUUGAAGAUGUACGAGGACAAGAAGUCUCUCACUAGCAAUAUUAUGGAGCGUUAUUUCUGUUCUCGCUAUGGCAGCCCAGUGUACACCAAGACCCCGAAGGCCCCUGGGAAAAUCUUUCUGAAGGCUGUCUUAUUUGACACUGUCUCCGUUCCUACAACCGAGGUGUUUAUCAAUAAGCAAUACCAGUGGGUAACUAUUGAGCAAGGUGAAAAACAAGCGUAA